AUGUCGCCCUCUCCUCUUCCUGUCGACAACGCCACGACCCCGUUUUGGAGGUCAGAGCCGCAUCCUCUCGAUAACUAUCGCUCAACACCUGAGCUUCUUACCCAAGUUGACAUUGCCAUUAUCGGUGCUGGCUACGCGGGCGUCGCGACGGUUUACCAUAUUCUGGAGCAAUGCAAAGCUCGAGGCGUUACUCCACCAAAGAUUGUGAUUCUUGAAGCUCGUCAAGCUUGCUCGGGAGCGACCGGACGAAAUGGCGGCCAUCUGAAGCCAGAUCCGUACAAUAGACCUGCGAGUCUUCUUGCUACUUACGGCAUCGAAGCUGCGGCAGAGGCAGCAGAGUUCGAGGCGAAGAACCUUGCUGCUGUCAAAAAGGCCAUUGAGCAAGAGGGCGUCGACUGCGACUUUGUCUACACCCGUGCCGUCGAUGCAUUGAUGUCAGAUGACAUACUAGACAAGAUAAAAUCGGGAGUAGAUGCUCUCAAACAGAAUGGGGUUUCUGUUAUGAAAGAUGUCUAUUUUGCUCAAGGUGCUGAAGCCGAAAGGUCUGUGUUUCAGCUAUCGGGUGUCAAGGGAGCCAAAGGCUGCUUUUCCUACACAGCAGGUCACUGCUGGCCUUACAAGCUCAUUCUCCAACUGCUGUCCAAGGCCCUUGAUGCCAAUGUCAAUCUACAGACCAACACUCCCGUCACAGCAGUUACUGAGAAGCCUGAUGAAGACGGCUAUCUGACACUAGCGACUCCUCGCGGCGCGAUACGCACUUCCAAGAUCAUUUACGCAACAAACGCCUACACAUCGUCCAUAUUACCGGAGUUUGCGGACAAGAUCGUCCCAGUGAGGGGAAUCUGCAGUCAUAUCAAGCCCGGCAAGACCCCAGCACCUUUACUGCCCAACUCGUACAUCAUUCGCUGGUCUGAUACUAAGUACGAGUAUCUCAUCCCGAGGCUUGACGGAAGCAUUAUAGUUGGAGGAGCACGAUCGGUGUACUACCAUGAUCUUGACAGCUGGUACAACAACGUCAACGACGACCAGUUGAUUGAGUCUGCGAAGAAUUACUUCGAUGGGUAUAUGCAGCGUGUCUUUCACGGGUGGGAGGAUAGCGGCGCGUAUACGUCCAAGGUUUGGACUGGAGUUAUGGGCUAUUCAUCCGAUGGCCUACCGCACGUCGGAGCUGUACCUGGAAGGCAGAAUCAGUAUAUGCUUGCGGGCUUCAGCGGACACGGUAUGCCGCAGAUCUUCCUGUCAGCGAAAGGCGUGGCAUCGAUGGUCAUGGAGGGCUUGAGCUACGAGAAGACAGGCAUACCCAAGCUCUACAAGGCUACUCAGGGAAGGUUGGAUAGUACCAACAACACUAUACUAGACACUUGGAAGACAGUGCAGAGGAGAGAAGGCGCAAAAUUAUAG